AUGGCACAAGAACCCCCAAAACGAGGAAAGAUACUUUUCCUUACAAACCCAGAACCAAGCGAAUCAAACAUAUUCCUAGCAACCAUGCACGCAGUCCUCCAACUAAAACCAGACGCAGAUAUCCACUGCGCCAGCUUCAAUCUACUAACAGAAAGCGUCGUCUCCGUGGUAGAAAACCUCCGCCAAACAGCUCCCGAGACAGCCCCAAUAACUUUCCACGAGCUGCGGGGUAUUCCAAUGAAAGCAGCUAUGAAUAUUGCGUUCUCGAGAGAAGGGGCUCCACCUCGUAUUCCGAACUAUUUACCUGUUUCGGCGCUGAAGUCGCCUAGUUUUUUUAAUACGACGCAGGGGGUUCGGGAUAUUGUUCCGUUGUUUGUGCCGUAUAAUGGACCGCAGCUGGUGGAGGUGUUUACUUCUAUUGUGGAGGUUAUUAAGGAGGUUGAUGCAGAUUUAAUUGUUGUUGAUACUUUGAUGACGGCUGCUUUGACAGCUGUUAAUCACUUGAAUGUGAGAUAUGUUUGCUUGAGUCCGAACUCGUUGAAGGAAUUUACGGUUAUGGCUCAACCGUAUGGAGCCGCUCUGUGGAAAUUUCCAGCGAUUCCAUCUGGAUUUGAUUAUCCAGUGCCUUGGCAUCUGAUCCCAAUGAACAUCUACUUCCUCAUCUUCACAAUCUACACAUUCAUGAAAGAUCAACGGAGAGGAGAAAUAGAGGAACACCUAAAAAAACAAACUGGCGCAGCUCUACGAACACCAAUUAAUCUCUUCCGUGAUAGACCGGCAGACAUGAAGAUCCUUGUCGGUUCACAACCCGAGAUUGAUUUUCCAUUAGUUGUCGCAGACGACAUUUAUCCUUGUGGACCGAUAAUGGUGGAUAUCUCACCCGUCGCAAAGGCCGAUCCCGAACUCUUAAGCUGGCUGGCUAAAGGACCGACAAUCUACUUCAAUUUAGGAUCUCUGGUCAAGGUCAGUGAGGAGCGAGCUAUUGAGCUUGCUAUAGCUAUCUCUGUUAUUCUGGAGACGCUGGAGACAAAGCCACAACUGCCUCGGCAUCAGGUUGUUUGGAAGAUUAUGAGGCUAAAUGACUAUUCAUUGAGUGGGUCUGAGUCGAAGGUUGCGGGUGUAUUGGCGAAAUGGAUCGAGGCAGAUGUAGUUCGGAUUGUGGAAUGGUUUCCUGCUGAUCCUAACUCUAUCCUGAAAACUGGUCAUGUUGUCUGCACGGUACAUCAUGGAGGUGCCAACUCGUAUCAUGAAGCUGUUAGCUCUGGGGUUCCUCAGGUGGUAUUGCCUCAAUGGGCGGACACAUAUGACUAUGCUCAACGUGUUGAGAUGUUUGGCAUCGGUCGAUGGGGCAGCAGAACCGCUAAGCCCCUGUGGACUGCCGCUGAAGUAUCCGCAGCUGUCUUGGAUGUGGUGGUUGGUGAGAUGUCGAAGAAGAUGAAAGACAACGCUGCCAAUAUACGAGCUGCCGUGGAAAGGAAGGGACCUGGUGGAGUGAACGCCGCUCGCAUCAUUUUGGAAGAAUGCGCCCGGAUCAUGGCUUAA